AAUCCGCUGUAGAGUUCGCUGCUGUUGCGCAGAGCUGGUGCUGUUCAGUGGCAGGCCCUUUCUUCCCCCCUCUGUAGCUGUGACUGUGCUUUUGUUCGGGGUUUUAAAGACAAGGGAGGAGAAAUUAAGUUAGGGCAAUGUCAAUGCAGUCAGCCUGGUUUUAAAGAAACGGAAAGGAUUUUUGCUCAGUCGCGAUGGCAGAUCACAGUAAGGAGACUUUGAAGAGGAUUAUUACCACCCUGGCUGUGAAGAAUGAAGAGGUCCAGAACUUUGUCUUUGUGCUAAAACAAACUCUGAAAAAUGUUGAGGCUAAUUCCGAGCGAGCUCUUGCAGACCUGGAAGCAGAGUAUAGUUCACUGUAUGCCAUACUGGAUGAGAUGAAGGAAGACAUGAUAACAAAGAUCAAGCAAGAACGAGCCAGCAAAACAUAUGAACUGCAGAAUCAGCUGACGGUCUGCACAAAGGCUUUGGAGAGUUCAGAGGAGCUGCUUGAGUUUGCUAACCAAACUCUGGACACUGCGAACUCUGAUGGAAUCAACCAGGCUGCCAAGCAGAUUAAAGAUAGUGUUACCAUGGCACCAGCAUUCAGGCUGUCCUUAAAGGCUAAAGCCAGUGACAAUAUGAGCCAUCUGAUGGUUGACUUUUCCCAAGAACAGAAGAUCCUUCGCUCACUCAAGUUCUUGCCAGUACCGAGUAUUCCAGAGAUCGAUGCAUCAGAGUGCCUGGUGGCAGACAAUUGUGUGACAGUAGUCUGGAGAAUGCCUGAAGACGAUGGAAAGAUCGAUCAUUAUGUUCUAGAAUAUCGCAAAACCAAUUAUGAAGGACCACCACGACUAAAGGAAGAGCACCCUUGGAUGGUGAAGGAAGGCAUCAAAGAGCAGGAAUUUACCUUGUCAGGGUUGAAAUUUGACACAAAGUUUAUCAACUUUCGAGUGAAAGCUUGCAACAAAGCAGUGGCUGGAGAGUUCUCCGAACCCGUCACCCUGGAGACAAGUGCAUUUAAUUUCAAUUUGGAUGCUGCAACAGCCCAUCAGAACUUGAAAGUGGAGGACCACAGUGUGGAAUGGGAUGCAUCAGGGGGGAAGGUGCAAGAGAUCAAAGUCCGAGGAAAGGAAAACCGAAGUAGGACAGCAUCGCCAGCAAAUUCCCCUGCAAGGAGCAUCAUUCAGUCGCCAAAGAGAAUGCCAUCUGGACGGAGCAGCAGAGAUCGCUUUACUGCCGAGUCAUACACAGUCUUGGGGGACACUCUAGUUGAUGGUGGACAACAUUAUUGGGAGGUCACGUUUGAAAGGGACAGCAAGGCUUUCAUUGUAGGUGUGGCCUACAGGACUAUGGGCAAAUUUGAUCAACUGGGAAAGACCAGUGCCUCCUGGUGUCUACACCUCAAUAACUGGCUACAAGUCAGCUUUACUGCCAAACACAACAACAAAGCCAAAGUCUUGGACACCUCAGUACCUGAGAGAAUUGGAGUUUAUUGUAACUACGAUGAAGGUCACCUGUCAUUCUACAAUGCCAAAACUAAGCAACUGAUUCAUUCAUUUAAAACCAAGUUCACACAGCCUAUCCUCCCUGCCUUCAUGGUCUGGUGCGGUAGUUUUACUGUGCAAACGGGGCUUCAGGUACCAAGUGCUGUCAAAUCGCUGCAGAAACGUAACAGUGGGACCUGCAGCUCCACUGCCAGCCUAACCUAGAAGUCACUUACCAAGCUUCCAUGCAACUGCGCCCAGCUCGUACUAAAGCAAAGACUGUACCCUCAAACCUGCCUUGAGAAGGGAACAGAAGACUGGAAACUGGAUUCUUCACACCCCACCUGAGUGUGGAACUUUGGCCUUUCUUUUUAAAAUUUGCAAUGAUUUGAAUUUCGAACUCUGUCAGAAAUAGAGACCUGUGCUGCAGCCUCUGUUUCUGAUCAGCAUUGACACUAAAAUCUUGAUGCACAGCCUUGAUGUGAAAUGUUUUUAAAAAGGAUAAUCUGAAAAAUAUUAAUCACAGCCAAUGCUUGAACAGAUAUUUCUGGUAGAAUCUCAUUUGAUCAUUUUUCUCCCUUUCAAGGGUCGUUUGACAUCAUAAUAUCUUUGGAUCAUAAUAAGCAUCAUGUGUUAUAAAAAACAGGUUUUCUGUUGUCCCAUUUUUCUUAAACCCAGAAAGGAAGAGAGGAGUUAUUCAGUGUUGUCAUAAAGAUAAUGUUGCUUCAUCCAAUCCAUUCUAAGUUGUAGAAAAUAAUAUAGCCACCUGGAAGUCAAAAUAUGGAAUUGAGCCAAUUGCAGUAAUGGGAAUCUUGUAAAGAAACUUGAAAGAGCAGUCCUAUUUCUCUAUCCAUAUGCUUCUUUUAAAAUUUAAAUUGGAUGUUAUCUUUCUUCCACAGUCUGGAGUGCACCAAAUGUUAGGCCUAGGAUGAGUAAGCAAUCUUGAUUGUUUUGUUUCAGUUGCUCAUGUUUUUAUUUUAAAUGCUAUCCCCUUGUAUUGUCUCAUUACUUCAAUGUAGUUGUACAAGAUGGGAAAGGAAGAUAUUAUAGACUUUAUCUUUCGUGUGGCCAUUCUGAUUACCAUCAUUCUGAACACGAUCAAGCUUUCUUUGAACUCGUAUCCAUCUCACAAGAUGGAUACUUGUUAGUCAAUGGCCUGUUCCAAGAAUAUUCUGAAUCUGUCCAUUGAAGGCAAUAGGGCUUUAGCUCAUGCUGAAUUUGACUGAGAGCAAUGAGGCUGCUAGCCAUUUUGUUAUCCUCAUUCUUCUAUAAUUUAGUUAGGAUAAGUAAUGUCAAGAUUCUAAAAAGACUAUUAAUGAUUGAUUAUCUGCUCAUGCUCUUCAAGCUGUCCCGCUACUGGCUGCUUUUCACAACUGGGGCAAAAUGUAAUGCAAUCUGCAUACUAGCUGUUCUGAAUUUAAAUAUAAAUGUGGGUAGAGCAUUGGCAUCUUGCUGGGUUGAGCUUAAUUGUACCAAGCACAAUAUUUCAUCACAAGAUUUUCUUAGAAGAGACACAUCUAUGUGGGUACUGUAUCCUGCCUUCUCUGUACCAGUAAACAUGUGGAAUGGAUAUGAAACUACUUUGGAUCCGUUCAUGUUCAAUCAAUCAAUUAACAAAGCUAUUUCAAUGAAUGUCGCAAUCUGUUGUGGGUUCACAGUUGGGGGAGGGGGGGGAACCCAAUGCAGGCUUUAACACAAUAGGGUCUUGUAAAAUAAGUCACUAUUUGCUGAAUGUUGUUGCAGUUUGAAAUUUGGCACAUGCUACCUGUAUAUUUCGAUAUCAAAACUUCAUGGAUGGCAGUGUAGAGGCCAAAUUAAAAGGAAGUGUAUUUUAUUGAAUUCGAUGUAAUGUUGGCAUGUCUCAAUGACCCCAAUCUGUGUUCUAUGCAUUUUACAACACUUUUGGUGGAGCAGACAUUUUGCGGUGUGCUCUCUCUGAAAGGAAUGAAAUUGCAUUUGUAUAAUGUCUGAAAUUACAGUAAAUGGUGAUUCUAAUAAUGUUUGUGCACCUAUCAGUAUUUUAACUGGGGUAGCACUUAAUGCAGAGAAAAUUUGACGUGAAUGUGACAGGAGCUAAGAAGAGGGAUUUCCUGGUAUCUAAACAGUAAUAGUAAAUUCACUGAAAGGGAACUGAGAAAUGCUGACUGUUAGAUAGAGAAUUCUAUUUUAUACUAUAUGAAGGCUGUGAUAUCAGUGAAAGUAUUCUACUGGAUUAAGUUUACAUGUUUAAAUCUUUUAGAAAUGAAAUCUGGGCUGUUGAGGUUUUGUGACUGGUUCUAAAUUCAGUAUUUAUUUUUACUUGUAAAAUUCAUUUUGCAAUUUCUUAGUAACACAUUGGCUUCAAUAUCCAAUUAAUA